AUGCAAGAUUUUGAAAACCAGAAAAAAAAUACCAACGAUGAAAAUGUGCAAUAUCUUGACUUCCAGCAACCCUCUGGUUCCUCUGAAAAUGAAAUUGGUGUUCAGCAAAAGGGAGGUAAUACCGAUACCGAGGUGGAAAGAAAUUUAGAAAAUAUUAAGUUUGAGUUUGAGAAAUAUGUUGACGUGGGCUUGUGGCCAGAUUUGCUGAAUAAUGAUUUUAUUAAUUUCGUCCUCUCACAUGAAAUGACUGACUUUCAAAAUAAAGAUCCGAAGAAUAUAUAUUCAGCUUCAAUGAAGAAAUAUAAAGAACAAAACAGAUCUUUUUCAAAUAGGUAUUUCACUAGAAAAAUGAAAAAUGGCCAAUUACUGGAAAGAUCUUGGUUAUGUUAUUCAAAAAGGGUUGGUACUGUUUUUUGUUUGACUUGCAAACUUUUUUCUAAAACUCCUUCUCAAUACACAACCGGAUUUUCUGAUUGGAAACACAUAGGAUUUUGUUUAAAAAAUCACGAAAAUUCUAAUGAACAUAAGAAUUCAAUGUUAGUGUGGUUGACACGAAAAGAAAAUAAGUCUGUUUUAGACAAGCAGCUUCAGGAGCAAUUAAAUAAAGAAACAGAAUAUUAUCACAAUGUCCUAAAACGGGUUAUUGCAGUGCUAAAAUUUCUGAGUAUAAGAGGCUUAGCACUUAAAGGUUCCGAGGAAGUAUUUGGUUCUCCACAUAAUGGUAAUUUUAUGGGUGCUCUAGAGCUAUUGGCAGAAUUCGACCCAUUCAUACGUGAACAUAUUGAACAACGAGAGCUGCGACCAAACCCUGUAAUAUCAUAUUUAUCAAAAACAGUAUAUGAGGAAAUAAUUGAGAUUAUGGGUAAACAGAUAAUUAAACAAAUUAUAACUGAAAUAAAUAACGACGACACAAAGUAUUAUUCAAUUAUGAUGGAUUCAACCCCAGAUCUGUCUCACGAUGACCAACUUGCUAUUGUAUUACGAUACUGUUUUCGGGGAAAAGUGUAUGAAAGAUGUGUAUCUUUCAUUAAAAUUAGUAGUCAUACUGGCUUAUAUUUAUUUAAUAUUCUACAAGCCUUUUUGGAAACAAAUGGACUACUACUGGAUAAUUGCAGGGGACAGUCAUAUGACAACGCUGCUAAUAUGGCCGGAGUCUACAAUGGUGUACAAGCACUACUAAAAGAAAAAAAUAAAUCCGCGGAUUACGUGCCGUGUGCUGCGCAUUCCCUUAACCUAGUUGGUCAAGAAUCCGUGAAGGUUGCAACCGAAAUUGUAAUUUUUUUUGGAAUAGUGCAACAAAUAUACGUUUUCUUCUCUGCUUCGACCCAUAGGUGGGAACUGUUAAAUCGUGAAACAAAACUAAAAUUUACGUUAAAAAGUUUAAGCCAGACCAGAUGGUCUUGUCACUUUGAUGCUGUCAGAGCUUUGAAAAGUAAUUAUGAUGGCAUUAUGAAAAUUCUCAAUAGUUUCGGCGAAAAUGACGAUGAAAAAGUUGAUGUCCGAAAGAGGCACGAAAUUUAUUUAAUAAACUGGCGAAACUAG